UGGACGAGGCGGCCAAAAUAAAGAAGUCUACUCUUUCAGGCACGCCUCUCCUUACCUUUCAGCCUUAAAUCACCGCCAUCGCACAUGGCCCGCGGUACAUUGAAGAAGAGGAAGAUCCCAAAUCAAGCGAUCGUUGUCUCUCCUUCCAUGGCAUCGUCGACCCCAAUAAAAGGCCUUUCUCUCUCUUCGCGGUUCACUUUCCGUACAAGCUUUCUCCCAUCCGUCCUUCUCCUUUUCUGCGUCGCCGCUCUCUUCUACGCCACAUCGAAAAUAACUUUCGGGGCCUCUUCUUCCGAAAUUUACACAUUUGACAUCGUCAAUGAGUUCCCUCACGAUCCAAAGGCUUUCACGCAGGGGCUCCUAUAUGGUGGAAACGACACACUAUUUGAGUCAACUGGUCUUUAUAGGGAGUCGUCAGUGCGCCAAGUUCUCCUCCACACUGGGAAGGUUCAAGCUAUUCAUCAAAUGGAUGGAUCUUACUUUGGGGAGGGUCUUACUCUUCUAGGUGAAAGGUUGUUCCAAGUGACUUGGUUGAAGAAAACUGGUUUCAUAUAUGAUCGACAUGAUCUUAGCAAAUGGAAGAUGUUUACUCAUCAGAUGAAUGAUGGAUGGGGACUGGCUACGGAUGGAAAAGUCAUAUUUGGGAGUGAUGGAACCUCAACACUAUAUCAAUUGGAUCCCCAAUCCUUGAAAGGUCUCUCAAUUUUAAGAAAAGUAACAGUCACAUACAAAGGUCGUGAAAUUUUUUAUCUCAAUGAACUAGAGUAUGUAAAUGGUGAAGUGUGGGCGAAUGUUUGGCAGUCUGACUGCAUAGCUAGAAUUUCGCAUCAAAAUGGGGUAGUGCUUGGGUGGAUCCUCCUUCAUAAAUUAAGGCAAGACUUGCUAUCAUCUAGGAAUACGAAUAUUGAUGUUCUGAAUGGAAUCGCUUGGGAUAGAGAGAAGGACCGCCUGUUUGUGACAGGAAAAUGGUGGCCAAAGCUUUAUGAGAUCAAGCUGCACCUGGUGAAGGGUCCAUAUCAGGGUUCCAUAGAAGAGUAUUGCAUGCCAAGAAGAUACUGACAGGCUGGCCAGAUGAGCCAUUCCGGUUUUGAUGAUAAACAUGGAUUCACCCAUUUGAAAUCUCAGUACAGGUGCAUCCAAGCAAAAUCAGAAUCUGAUGGUGCAACACGCAUGAGGGGUUCAUUGAUGCCCUGCUUGGCAGUUAGAGCCGGUUCUCCAUUGUUUGUUUUGCAAUGCUAUUAAUAUAUGUAUCAUUGGAGUUCUGAGGGUGUGAGAUUGUUUUUUGAUUAUGAGUGUAAUGUGGACUUUCUCCAUUGUCUCC